UGCAUCGUCCACGUGCUUAUCCCUAGCACAUACCCAUGGCCAGACAAUAAUCAAUACAGUACUACUUACGACAGUCUUCAACUGAGGUUCAAGUUAUAUGAUACAGACACAGUCAUAAUGAGAAACAGUCACGAGACGUCUCUUGCGUGGACAAUUCGCCUCAUCCACCAAUUGCAUCCAACUACAGUCCAGCGCGUGCCUGACCACUGCAUGCAUGCAAUGCAGGAACAUACUCGUCCGCACGAGCGCGUCCAUCCAGCCAGCGCACCGGUGCCUUGGACCAUCCGCUGCCAGCUGACGACCGAAGACACGAUCCAACACCGACCGAACUCGCACCGAGCAACUUGAUGUCGACGUCCAACUUCGGACGGUGCGGUGCACUGCGAACAUCGGCACUCGACUUCGGGCCUUCGCGGAUUCGCGGCUUCUAUCCCUUAUCCGCCCGAGCGGCACAGCCUACUUAUGGUAAUCUCC